AUGUCUCGAGUCGUGCUCGCCACCAGCAUCACCCACGGCCUCGUGUCUGUCGGACACACGGUCCACGGCCUCAACACCUUCUCCCUCCCGGCGUGGACCUCCCUGCCCGCGCUGCUGCGCUGCUACGCCAAGGCGGGCUGGUACCAGGGCAGCGUGUUCUUCGGCAUCGCCGCGCUGUACACGUACCAGCUCUCGCAGCGCGACCCGGCGUCGUGGACCGCCAUCGACCGCGCCAUCACGGGCAUCACGGCCGCCCUGUACGCCGCCAGCAGCGCGUGGUACGUCGCGCACGGAGACCGGGCGACCGGGGCGGUCACGGGGUUUGGGGCGCUGAUGGCCGCGUUGGCGUGGGUGCAGUAG